AUGCGUGUGUCACUGCCCAAGUCUUUCUAUCAAGCUAAGAAAAUCAUUCAAGCGUUAUUGGAUUACAAAAAGAUUCAUGCUUGUCCUAAUCAUUGUAUGCUGUAUUGGGGUGAGAUUGAGAACCAAGAGCUGUGUCGCACUUGUGGGUCUUCUAGAUGGGCAGUUUCUAAAGGAAGUAACCAAAAUGAUACAACUAAUGUUCCUCAGUCUUCUUCUUUCACUACCAAGAAAAAACCAGCAAAAGUCUUACGUUACUUUCCUCUAAUUCCUAGACUUAAAAGGUUGUAUGCCUCGACUAAAACCUCCAAGGAUAUGUUAUGGCAUGAAGAGGGUCGUAAGAAGGAUGGUAAGCUUAGACAUCCUGCAGAUGGUGAUGCCUGGAAAGCUAUUGAUGACAGAUAUUCAGAUUUUUCUAGUGAUCUCGAAAUAAAUAUGACCACGUCAUAUAGCACUUGGCCAGUUGUGUUGGUCAAUUACAAUAUGUCACCUUGGAUGUGUGAGAAGGGUCCUGGAAAUCAUAUUGAUACUUACUUACAACCUCUUAUUCAAGAGUUGCAUGAACUAUGGCAGGGGGUCGAUGCUUAUGAUGCUUUUACACGACAAAAGUUUCGAAUGCGUGCUAUAUUGAUGUGGACUAUAAAUGAUUUUCCUGCAUAUGCCUACUUGUCUGGUUGGAGCACUAAAGGAGAGUUUGCAUGUCCUUAUUGUGCCGAGCUUACACAUUCAAGAUGGUUAUAUAAUGGCGGUAGGGAUUGCACCGACUGCAAUGUUUUGAAGCAAUUAGAUGACAUUCAAUUUUCAUUAAGGACACCUUUGAAAAGAAAGCAGCCAAAAAGGAAAAGAAAGGUAGGUGAUCAAGUAGAGGAAUUGAAUGAAGAGGAAAAUAUAGAGGUUAGGCAAGCUGCCAACGCGAUGAAUUGGUGGAAGAAGAAGAGUCUUGAAUAUAAGUCUAAGGAUAAUUUGAAGGCUCGCUUAGAUCUUAUUUCUUUGAAUAUUGAUAGGAGAUUAUGGAGCGUUAGGAUGCAUCUUUGGUGUAAAAAGAGGGAGAUUCAAAGAAAAGAAGCGAAGAGCAAAGCCGGAAGCGAAAGAAUCGGAGAAUUCUUAGAAGCCAGAGCAUUGCACGGAUCGUGCACCUCCUUGCACGGAUCGUGCACCUUCCAGAUUUGUGGGCAGAAGCUUUUGAGGACUCUUGCACGGAUCGUGCAAGCUUGUCUCUUAUUAAUUAAUGCAAGCUUAUUUAUUGUGGAAUCUUCAUUAUCUUGUAUGAGUUAUUGUUCUUCCAUUUUACUUAAGUGCUACGAGAGUAGGUUAAGCUUGAUUAGGUGCGCUGUGGUGCAAGGUACCAUUCCGAUUUCUUUUACUGAUGCUUUGGUAUUAUUUGAUGCGGGUGCGACCCAUUCGUUUGUUUCUACUUGUUUUGCUGAGAAAUUGGGUAGAGCACCAUCUGUUUUGAAUGAACCUCUAGCUGUGUCUACACCUAUGUCUGAAGGUGUAGUAGUGGACGUUGUUUAUCCUUCGUGUCCAGUGGUUAUUCAGGGUAGAGAAUUAUGUGCUGAUUUAAUUGUACUUGACGUUCUUUCUUUUGAUGUUAUCUUGGGGAUGGACUGGUUGUCACGCCAUUAUGCUUCUAUUGACUGUCGAGAGAAGUCAGUCGAGUUCAGGAUUCCAGGUGGUCUACCUUUUUCCUUUCAGGGAGAAAAGGCAGAGACACCUAAGAAUCUGAUUUCCGCCAUCAAGGCGAAGCGGAUGUUAGGCAAGGGUUGCCAGGGUUUUCUUGCUGUGGUUCGUGAUUUGGAGGCUGGUGGUAGUGAUAUGCAUAGUGUACCGAUAGUGAAUGAGUUCACUGAUGUGUUUCCAGAGGAAUUGCCUGGAUUACCACCUGAUCGUGAUAUUGAGUUUUGCAUUGAUGUGGUUACUGUCAAGAACAGAUAUCCUCUUCCUCGCAUCGAUGAUUUGUUUGACCAGUUGCAGGGUGCGAAGUGUUUUUCCAAGAUUGAUUUGAGGUCUGGGUAUCAUCAGCUACGGAUCCGUGAUGCAGAUGUGCCUAAGACUGCUUUCCGGACUCGUUAUGGGCAUUUUGAGUUUCUGGUUAUGUCCUUCGGUCUGACGAACGCACCAGCAGCGUUUAUGGAUAUGAUGAACAGAGUGUUCAAGCCGUUUUUGGAUCAAUUUGUGAUCGUCUUCAUUGAUGACAUCUUGAUCUAUUCUCGGAAUUUCUCCAGAAUAUCUGCACCUUUAACUAAACUGACACAGAAGGGUGUCAAGUUUGAGUGGACUGACAAGUGCGAGGCGAGCUUUGAGAAGCUCAAGGAGAUUUUGACUACAGCUCCGGUGUUGGCAUUGCCUUCUGGCAUUGAUGGUUUCACAGUGUAUUGUGAUGCGUCUCGGAUUGGUUUGGGUUGCGUUCUGAUGCAACAUGGACAGGUGAUUGCCUAUGCUUCCAGACAGUUGAAGAAGCAUGAGGUGAAUUACCCUACUCAUGAUUUAGAGUUAGCGGCUAGUCUGAAAUAUAUCUUUGAUCAGAGAGAGUUGAACUUGAGACAGAGGAGGUGGUUAGAGUUGCUGAAAGACUACGACUGUACUAUUCAGUACCAUCCUGGUAAGGCUAAUGUGGUAGCCGAUGCGUUGAGUCGCAAGUCUUCGGGCAGCUUGGCUCAUAUUUCUGAGAUUGGGCGUAGACCCAUGGUUAGAGAGUGGCACAGUUUGAUAGCUUCGGGUUAUGGUUUUCAGAUUUCUCAGACUGGUUGUUUGUUAGCACAGUUGCAAGUGCAACCCGUUUUGAUUGAUCGGAUCAAGGCUUUACAAGCUGAGGAUCCACAAUUGAAACGGAUUAUUGAGGAAGUUCAGCAGGAUGGAAAUUCUGAGUUUACUUUUGUAGAUGGUGUGAAGCUGGAGCAUCAGAGACCUUUUGGCUAUCUGCAGCCACUACCUAUUCCAGAGUGGAAGUGGGAGCGGAUUGCUAUGGAUUUUGUGGUUGGGUUACCACGUACUCGACGGGGAUACGAUUCCAUCUGGGUAAUAGUUGACCGUAUGACUAAGUCAGCUCAUUUCCUUCCGAUUAAGGUUUCGUAUACUGCUUCAAGAUUGGCUCAGUUGUACAUCGACAGGAUUGUCAGUUUGCAUGGUGUACCGGUUUCUAUUGUUUCAGACAGAGGUUCUGUGUUUACUUCGAGGUUUUGGAAGGCGUUACAGGAAUCCUUGGGUUCUCGGUUGGAUUUCAGUACAGCUUUUCAUCCUCAGACUGACGGUCAGUCUGAGAGGACUAUUCAGACGUUGGAGGAUAUGCUCAGGAUGUGUGUUCUCGAUUUUCAGGGUAGCUGGGAUACUCAUUUGCCGUUGAUUGAGUUUUCCUAUAACAACAGUUAUCAUGCGAGUAUCGAGAUGGCGCCGUAUGAGGCUUUGUACGGGCGUAAGUGUAGAUCUCCUAUCUGUUGGGAGGAGGUCGGAGAGCGUAAACUCUCGGGAGCGGAGAUUAUUCAGAUUACCUCUGAGAAGGUACCGUUGAUUAAGCGGAGGUUAGAGACUGCUUUUAGUCGGCAUAAGAGUUAUGCUGAUCCGAAGAGGAAAGACAUUGAGUUCCAGGUUGGUGAUUUCGUAUUCCUUCGGGUUUCGCCUAUGAAAGGCGUGGUUCGUUUUGGUGUCAAGGGAAAGUUGGCACCGAGGUAUAUUGGUCCUUAUGAGAUUUCGGAACGGAUUGGAGCUGUGGCUUAUCGUCUGGUUCUACCGCCAGACAUGUCGUUAGUACAUCCUGUGUUUCACGUUUCUAUGUUGAGGAAGUGCAUUUCUGAUCCUUCGCACGUGAUUGUGCCUCAGAGUGUUGAGAUUGACCAGGAGCUGUCCUAUGAGGAACAGCCAGUUGAGAUUGUCGAUACGCAGGUGCGUAAAUUGCGGAACAAGGAGAUUCCGAUGGUCAAAGUUCUCUGGCGCAAUCAUUCUGUAGAGGAGUGUACUUGGGAGACCGAAUUGGAUAUGCGGAAUCGCUAUCCUUUUCUUUUUCCGUGAGGUACGAUAUUUGAUUUUCUGUGACCUUUGCAGUUUUUACUUGUAUUACGUGUUGUUCUGAUGUGAUUUACUUGUCGUGUUAAAUUCG